GGCCCCAACAGUGACUUGGUCAGUGGUCUGGUCCGAGUGGGCUUCUCUUCUGUGGGUGCUUAGGAAGAGUUGAUGGACAUCUGAGAGCUCCCAGCAAGAUCCCUGGUGUCCACCCGCCGAGAGCCGUACUUGGGAAGCUAUCAUCUGUUGCUAGAUAUUUUUCUUUUUUAAAUGGAGGAUUCGCAAUGUUACUGAACUGAUGCAGUACUGACUACCAAAGCCUGGAGAAGUGAUCCUGGUCAGUGUACAUAGCUCUUACCUCAACAUCACAUGAAAUGAAUGCCAACAGUAUGCCUAAACAAGUGGAGGUGAGGAUGCAUGAGAGUCACCUGGAGCCCAUCGAGGCCCGACCUCAGUCCAAAUGCGCCAGACUGUGUUCCAAGAUGUUCAAGAACCUUCUGCUAACUCUCACCGUCCUUGGUGUGAUCUUAGGAGCAGUGUCAGGGAUGUUGCUUCGUGUUGCCUCCCCAAUUCACCCAGACAUUGUCAUGGUGAUCGCCUUUCCUGGAGAUAUCCUCAUGCGGAUGCUGAAGAUGCUGAUCCUGCCUCUUAUCAUCUCUAGUUUAAUCACAGGUCUGGCGGGUUUGGAUGCAAAAUCUAGUGGCCGUCUGGGAACCAGGGCGAUGGUCUACUACAUGAGCACCACCAUUAUUGCCGCCAUCUUGGGAGUCAUCCUGGUCUUAGUCAUCCACCCCGGCAACCCCAAACUGAAGGAGAAUCUGGGCGAGGGCGAGAAAAACGAUGAUGUGUCCAGUUUGGAUGCCUUUUUUGAUUUAAUCAGGAAUCUGUUCCCCGAGAACCUGGUGCAGGCUUGUUUCCAACAGAUCCAAACGGUGACAAAGAAGGUGGAAGUGGUUGUGGAGGAGAAUGUUAAUACCACCGCCGUGGAGGGUCUACUGGCUAAUAUUACCAAGGAGCCUCAGUUUGUCAUCAAAAAGUCCCUGCAGUUCAAGAGCGGCAUGAAUGUUCUGGGUCUGAUUGGUUUCUUUAUUGCCUUUGGCAUCUGCAUGGGCAAGAUGGGCGAGAGGGCCAGACUGAUGAUUGAUUUUUUCAACAUCCUCAAUGAGAUUGUGAUGAAACUUGUCAUCAUGAUCAUGUGGUAUUCUCCCUUUGGUAUCGCUUGCCUGAUCUGUGGUAAGAUCAUCUCCAUCAAUGACUUGGAGGUGGUGGCCAGGCAACUGGGCAUGUACAUGGUCACUGUGAUCGUUGGCCUUAUCAUUCAUGGAGCUAUCUUCCUGCCCAGCAUCUAUUUUGUAAUCGUCAGGAAGAAUCCCUUCAAAUUCUUCUUGGGUAUAUUCCAGGCUUGGAUCACAGCCCUGGGAACUGCCUCAAGUGCCGGCACACUGCCCGUCACUUUCCGCUGUCUGGAGGAGAAUCUCGGAAUUGACAAAAGAGUCACUCGUUUCGUGCUUCCGGUCGGCGCCACCAUCAACAUGGACGGAACUGCUCUGUAUGAGGCCGUGGCUGCUAUCUUCAUUGCCCAGAUGAAUGGUGUCCACUUGGACCCUGGUCAGAUUGUCACCGUCAGUCUCACAGCUACACUGGCCAGUGUUGGAGCUGCCAGUAUUCCCAGUGCUGGACUGGUGACCAUGCUUUUGAUCCUGACUGCUGUGGGGCUUCCAACCCAGGACAUCAGUCUGCUGGUUGCUGUCGAUUGGCUGUUGGAUCGAUUCAGGACCUCUGUGAAUGUGGUUGGGGACUCCUACGGUGCAGGCAUCGUGUACCACAUGUCCAAGGCGGAGCUCGACGAGCUGGAUGCGCACACGGCUAAAUCGGACGACAUCGAAAUGAUGACAAAGACCCAGUCCUAUUACGACGACAUGAAGAACCACCACGAAAACAAUUCCAACCAGUGCGUCUUAACGCCUACCGCAAAUGCUAACACUUCUGUUGUAGUAGAUGAAUGCAAGGUAACCUCAGCCACAAACGGCUCUGCUGCGGAGUGCACGCUUGUUGAGGAGGAACCAUGGAAACAUGAAUAAUGGCAGCAAAGUCAUCCCCUGCUCCUGGGCUCCUCAAGCUUUCCUAUCUGGUGAAAAAGGAGUGAAUGAAAAAAAAAAAGUCAUAUAUGAACAGAACUACUAAUUGUUUAUGAUGUAGUCUAGUUUUCAUUUUUUUGUAGUCCCUUUAAGAUGUUUUUGUAACUGUCUCCCUGACUGAUAUAUGCUACUAAUUCACUUAACCGUGAAAUUAUAACAAAGGUAGAGCACAAUUAUGUCCUUAAUAGCAGACUUGCACAAUAUACUUUCAAGGCCGAGGGAGGGAAGGAAGAGAAAAAUAAUACAGGUACAUGACUUAGUAUUCACUAUUCCUAGCAAUACAACCCACGUCUGCAUUUUACACCGUGCUCAAACCUGGGGGCAUUUAAUAGAGGAAGGAAAUUGUCAUGUCAACUACUUCCUUGUUUUUUUUUUGGUUUUUUUUUAGUAGCAUCACAAGCACACCUGCUAAGAUCCUAACAAGUCAGAAUACACCUGGCAACAUGUGACCCAGAAUCCCUGUGAAGCCGCUUAUGACAAUAUUCACUGGAACAUUUAAGCACAAAUUACACUAUGGAGACAAUUUUAUGCCUCUAUGUGUUUUUUUUUUUGUUGUUUACUCUAGAAAAGGGACGUUUUUUUUCCUGUGUUUGACAUAAAACCUUUAUAUUUGUGUGUGUGUGUGUGUGAGAGAGAGAGAUAGAUUAUGAACAAGUGAGUUACUGGGACCAAACAUGGACUCAAAAAGUCUGUAAUCUGCCACAGGUGACACAAUGUCCAUUUACAUGAAUACAAUCAGUAUGUCCAUAUUAAGUAAGCUGGUCACUGCCCAAAAUGAUAUAGUCAUACCAAACAAAAUUUAAAAAAAAAAAAAAAAUUUUAAUCCAAUGACGGGUUUGAAUCCAUGACGGCACAAACAAGAAAUUAUUUCAAGCACAAUUGACUCGGCACAAAAAAAUAAUGCACGUAUUUGAUUCCAGGAGGCUGUAACUGUUAACUGUUUCUCAGGCCUUUUAUGUUUGCUUGUUCUUGUUAUGAAAAUAGACACUAUAGCACAACAUAUCGAAUAUUUCAUAACGAACACGUAUAGCGCAAAUGGCUUAUUUGUCAAAGUAACAUCGGUAUAUGUAUACAUUGUGACAUGUGUGUGAUAUUAAAUGCUAAAAUCAAGCUCGGAAGGGGGUGUAAAGUGUAAAGUGUGCAGCAGCAUUCGGCUGGUCAGGUGGAAUUGAUAACAUGCACAAAUAGAGACAGACCGUAGAUAUUUAUACUCAGCCUUGAGGAGCCUUGGAAGAUUCUUGUUUUGCCACGUGUACAAAGGCAAACAGUUCCGUGUUUUUAAUCCACCAGAGCUCAAGACUGUUUCUACAAACCCUCGAUUGCUGCAGCUGCGUGCCCAUAUUCAAGAUUUCACUCAUAAUAGCACAAGCGGGGACACUUAUACAGGGGACACUUAUACAUUUGACUAAAAUCCAGUAAUAAAAUCGACUCUUGUAUAAAACUCCUGCACAAAUGAACGUGUGUGCGUGACGAUUCUGUGAUUUGUGUCUUUCCUGUCUUGUUUCUCUUCAUUUAUACUCCACGACAACCUCGACUUUGUGUUGCACAAAUGCAUGUGAGAGCAACAAUACAGAAGCUAACUCAAGAGUCCCUCAGAUCAAGUCGACGUAACAUUUGCAUGAUAAAUAAUACACUCACAUGUUGAAGGUGACGAGACGCUGCACGAGCACAUAACAAGCACGCCCCUUAUGACCUUCAGGAACAAAGUCUCCGAAAACACCAUCGAACACCGUUACGAUAAGAGUUGGAGCGCAAUUACGUUCAAACUCGUUAUUUUUAGAAGCAUGAGUUAUAUAAAAUAAUUUUUUUUUUUGCACCACUAUCUUAAAAAGCAUGAUAUUUGAAGUGCCUCCUUGCACUUUUGUGUAUAUAUUGUAGUCAGUGUUUUGUUGUUGUUUGUUGGAUUUCAUUUUUUUUUUUUUGUUGAAAUGGUUUGUAGGACUAUAGUUUGAUGACAAGUAAUCCUCUAGGAAAUAUAUGAAUUAUGUCCCGAUUAGAGCUAGAUUAGAGAAAUUGCAGGAAAUUGUGUAACAAACUGCUUGUUUAUUCUUUUUGUAUUCUCUAAUAAUUGUCAACUAGCUGCUUUACUUAUCUGUCACUCAACAAUAUACAGUAUAAAUAUCUUUUUUUUUGUAUCUAAUGUAAGCCUUUUGAAUGUUUGUUCAAUGAUGAUAAGCAGCGUGCAUUCAUAUCAUUGUAUAUACAUAGAUAUAUAAAUGUUCUGUUCCGUGGAAAUACAGAAUAUCCUGAAGCAUGAGGAGGGAAAAACAACAAGAGGGCGUGAACGAGAGUUUGUGAAAAAAAGGGGGGCCAACAUGACUUAGUUGUGGUGUGAGAAAAGUUGUCGAAAAGAGGGUACAAAUUCGAUACCUGUACGUAGGCUGGAGUGAACGAACAUUUUUUUAAAUAUCACUUUAUAGUAUCGAGUAAAAUUCCUCAGGUGAAUCAUCUGUUGUGUCUGUUCCAUUACAAAUAAGAACAGCCUUCUGUCAUAUAUAUAUAAAGGCAUCAUAAAGGUGCUUGGAUAGUAGCAUUAUAUCUCUCCAGACUGCUUUUCGGGUUCUUUGUUAAAGUGCCACAUUACCACCAUCGCCACACAUGCAAACUCCGUCAUCAUGCCUUUACCGUCCAACAUAUCCAAUAGUUAACCUGCCUUUACCCGCUUGCCUUUUUUCCAAUACUCAAUGCACAAUAUGCACAAAAAAAAACACCUGAUACCUGCUGAGUUACGAAAGGAAAAACGACACUUCAAGUUAAAAGCCAGUACGUCCAUCUCCACACUCGCAUUUCUAUCGAAAUGCAUCAUUUUGUGAAAGGAAAGCCCUUAAACGGAGAUAACCGACCAGUCUACAAGAACUAAGAACUUGCCUUCCUGAUCUUACUUUUCGAGGCCUUCCCUUCUUUGUAAAGCUUUUGCUGUUAUUUUGAUGUAAAGGCAAGAAAGUACGUGUGAGGGAGACUUUGAGAAAAAGACAAAAAAAAUAUAUAUAUACAUGAAUUCUUUCCUCGAUAUUAUGCUAUACAUAAAAAAAAAUGUUUCUACAUAUCUAAAUGUGCUGUACCUUUGGUGUACAUAUACAAAUAUCACUAAUAAAUGUUGAUUCAUAACUAA